CGCUUUUUCGAUUACCGAGUCACCAAGUAUCCCCUUUAAGAAGUUUCAGUACUUUUUAUACCCUAAAGCAGUCAAGUGCAAAUCAUUUUCCUUUUGUUAGAUACCACACGUUUCGUACAGGUUGCUACAUUCGAAAAAUGAGCACUGGUAGCGGCAGCGACGCCUAUUACAGCUCAGACGAAGAGCCGGCUACGAAGAAAGCCAAGCCAAGCAACUCGAGAGCAAAGCCGAAAUCUAAAACCUCAGCUUCUGAUCAGUACCAAAAGCUAUCUCAAUUGGAGCAUAUUUUGAAAAGACCUGAUACGUAUAUCGGGUCCGUCGAAAAGCAUUCAGCAGAGCAAUGGAUUUUUAAUGAUGCUACCAAGUGUAUGGAGAAAAAAGUUGUUUCAAUUGUUCCAGGUUUGUUCAAGAUUUUUGACGAAAUCUUGGUGAAUGCUGCCGAUAACAAGAUAAGAGAUCCGACUAUGAAGAAAAUCGAUGUUGUGAUAAAUGCUGAAGAGAACAUCAUAUCUGUCAAAAAUGACGGUAAAGGUAUUCCCAUCGAGAUUCACGAUAAAGAAAGGAUCUAUAUACCAGAAUUAAUUUUUGGUAAUUUAUUAACUUCCUCGAACUAUGAUGAUGAUCAAAAGAAAGUUACUGGUGGUAGAAAUGGUUAUGGUGCUAAAUUGUGUAAUAUUUUUUCCAAGGAGUUUACUGUGCAUACCGCCGAUAAGUCAAAUGGUAAGGAGUACAAUCAAACUUGGAGAAAUAAUAUGUCUGAAAAGGGAACUCCGAAAAUCACAGCGUACAAAAAACAGUCCGAAUUUACUGAAAUCAUUUUCAAACCUGAUCUGGAAAAGUUUGGUAUGACAGAGCUGGAUGAGAAUAUAUUAGGCGUCUUCAAAAGAAGAGUUUAUGAUGUGAGUGGGUCUGUUAGAGGUAUAAAAGUAACUUUGAAUGGUGAGCUUUUGAAGAUAAACAACUUCAAGCAAUAUGUCGAACUCUACGUCAAAGCAAUCGAGAUGGCAAAAGAAGAAAACCCUCACGUCCCUGUACACAUCAAGACUGAAGGUGAGGAGAACGCAGAAUCAGCUAACGAUUCUGAACAGAAUGGCUCCGAGCCUCCGCCUUCGAUGCCUGAAAAGUUACCAACAAUUGUUCACGAGAUCGUCAAUGAUAGGUGGGAAAUUGCUUUUUGUAUUUCGGACGGUAACUUUAAUCAAGUCUCCUUUGUUAAUUCCAUUGCAACUACCGUUGGCGGUACACAUGUUGACUAUGUUGCCAACAUGCUAGUGGGAAAAAUUACAGAUGAAAUAAAAAAGAAAAAUAAAAAGGCGAUCAUUAAGCCAUUUCAAAUAAAAAGUAAAAUGUUUCUAUUCAUUAAUUGUUUGAUUGAAAAUCCUGCCUUUACCUCCCAAACUAAAGAAUACUUGACAACUCAGCCUUCUAAAUUUGGAGGUAAGAGAUUAGAGCUUCCCGACAAGUUCGUCAAGAAAGUUCUCUCUUGUGGUAUUUUGGAUGAAGUUCUAGACAUUGCACAAGCAAAUGCGGACAAAGCGCUCAAAAAGAACGACGGCUCAAGGAAAAGUAGAAUUACAGGAUAUCCGAAGUUGGAAGAUGCAAAUAAGGCAGGGACCAAAGAUGGAUACAAAUGUACACUAAUUCUAACAGAAGGUGACUCUGCUAAAUCGUUGGCUGUUGCUGGUUUAGCUGUUGUUGGUAGAGACUUUUAUGGAUGCUUUCCUUUAAGAGGUAAACUUUUGAACGUUCGAGAAGCAGGUACCGAUCAAAUCAUGAAAAGUGGUGCUAUCCAAGCCAUCAAACAAAUUAUGGGUUUACAACAUAAGAAACAUUAUGGUCCGGAUGAUAUCAAGGGACUGAGAUAUGGUAGAAUCAUGAUUAUGGCCGAUCAAGAUCACGAUGGUUCCCACAUCAAAGGUCUUAUUAUAAACUUCUUGGAGACCUCAUUUCCGGGAUUAUUGGAAAUACCAAACUUUUUGAUUGAAUUUAUUACUCCGAUUGUCAAAAUUACCAUCAUGAGUGGUCCGAAUCGAAGAAAAACUAUUCCGUUUUACUCCAUGCCAGAAUAUGAACAUUGGAGAGAAACGGAAGGUACUACUUGUUCAUAUAAACAAAAGUACUACAAGGGUUUGGGUACCUCUUCUGCACCAGAAAUGAGAGAGUAUUUUGGCCAAUUAGACAAGCACUUGAAAAAAUUUGACGCUUUGAAAGAGGAAGACGUCUCAUCAAUUGAUCUAGCAUUUUCUAAAAAGAAGGCCGAUGACCGUAAGGAAUGGUUAGGAGCUUUCCAGCCAGGAACUUAUUUGGAUCCAACUUUGACUGAUAUCCCAAUUUCAGAAUUUAUCAACAAAGAACUUAUCUUGUUCUCCAUGGCGGAUAAUGUAAGAUCCAUUCCUUCCGUUAUGGAUGGUUUCAAACCUGUUCAAAGAAAAAUUCUUUAUGCUUGUUAUAAGCGUAACUUGAAGGAUGAAAUCAAAGUUUCUCAAUUGCAAGGUUACAUUUCGGAGCAUACUGGUUACCAUCAUGGUGAAGCGUCAUUAAUGCAAUCCAUUAUUGGCUUGGCACAAGAUUACGUUGGUUCCAACAACUUAAAUCUCUUGAUUCCCCAUGGUGGUUUUGGUUCGAGAGCAGCAGGUGGUAAGGAUGCAGCUGCAGCGAGAUACAUUUUCACUGAGUUAUCCAAAAUCACUAAGAAGAUUUUCAAUCCUUUAGAUAACCCUCUACUCAAAUAUCUGCAAGAUGAUGAACAGACAGUUGAACCCGAAUGGUAUACUCCUGUAUUACCAAUGCUUUUGGUGAAUGGUUGUGAAGGUAUUGGAUCUGGUUGGAGUACAAGUAUUCCACCUUUUAACCCGAUUGAUAUUAUUGAAAACAUUCGCCUGCUAAUGAAAGGUGAAGAAAUGAAAGAAAUGCUACCAUGGUUUAGAGGAUGGGAGGGCACUAUAACUAGAGAGCUCAAUAAAGACAGAUGGAGACUUGAAGGUAAAAUUGAAGAGAUAGACGAUAAUACUUUAGAGAUCACUGAAUUACCCGCCAGAAUGUGGACUAUUACAAUGAAAGAGUUUUUAUUGAAUGGCUUAGCAGGAUCAGAUAAACAGAAGGCAUGGAUCAAAGAUAUGGAGGAAGAUCAUGGGGUUGGUGUUAAGUUUAUAGUGAAAUUGUCAGACGAAGAGAUGGAGAAAUCCAGAAGAACAGGACUCCUAGAACGAUUUAAAUUAAUUUCAACUAUAAGUAGCUCCAAUAUGGUUGCUUUUGAUCCAAAUUGCAAAAUUAAGAGAUAUUCAAAUGUGAAUGAAAUAAUACAAGAUUACUAUUACAUUCGUUUGGACUUUUAUCAGAAAAGAAAAAAUUAUAUGGUGAAAGAGUACUCAAAUCAAUUAGAAAAGAUUAGUUCGCAGGCCAAGUUUGUGAAAUUGAUCAUUGAAGGUGAUUUGAUUGUUGGUAAUAAACAGAAAAAGGUUUUAGUUGAAGAGUUGAAAGGACUAGAUUUUCCUGGUUUUGACAAAAACAAUGAACCUGUCAAUUUGAAACAUUCUUCCUCUGUUAAGGUUGAGGAGAAGGACGGGACAGUAGAUGCAACAGGGACUGAGAGUACUGGGUUAGUAGUUGUUCAUAAGAGGAACCUUUCGCUUUUGUACGAUUAUUUGCUUGGUAUGCCUAUUUGGUCUUUGACGAGAGAAAGAUAUGAAGCUUUGCUAAGAUUACAAGGGGAAAAAGAAGAGUUACUCAACACAUUGUUACAGAAAUCACCUAAGGAUUUGUGGAACGAAGAUAUUGAGGAGUUCUUGCUUGAGUGGGAAAAGUUUUUGAAAAAGGAUGAAGAAAAUAGAUCUAAUCUUGUUUCUAAUGGUGGUGAAAAGAACGGAACAAAGAGAAAGCGCAAAGCACCAGAAGAUAGUGUUGAACCGAAAGCAAAAAAGCCACGUGCUAACGGUAAGGCCACGAUGACCAAAGUCAAGAAAGAGGAAAUUGCAGAUGCCCCAAAGGAAGAGACAAAAGAUUUGAAUGACUUUGAUUCUAUAUUCAAGGAAUUUACUGCUAGUUCUUCGGCAUUCAAGGAUGGCGAUGAUGGCAUAAAGGAAACCACAGUACCACCAACAGCACCAUCGACAACAUCUGCAAAAUCGUCUAGCAAGAAAACGACAGCAAAAAAAGCUACGAACGGCAGAAAGAAGACGUCACUUGUGAGUGAUGAUGAUGAGGAAGGCUAUUCUCAAAGUGUUGAUUUGACCAGUGGUGGAGAAGAUGAAGAUGAUUCUGUCAGUGGACCAGCAAGAAGGUCGACAAGAGCAAGAAGGUCAAAAACUCCGAUCCAGAGUUAUACGUUGGACAGCGAGGAAGAAGCCGUUAGCGUAAAUGAAUCUGAUGAUAAUUAUUCUGAGUUUGAAUAA